CCUGGCCUCUGACCUGCUUGGGCAAGUGUUACAAAGCUCUUUACCUCUACCGAUAAGUGCCCAGAGGCACCCUACGCCUCCAGCAAGCCUCCUGUCUGAAGAUGCUCAGCUCUUUUGCUCAAUGUCUUUUCUACGUCUGUAAUCAAGGAAUUAUUACCAAAAGAGAUCACUAAUAAAAGAGAAUUAUUCCAGAGAGUGAUGUUGGAAAGACAUGAAAAUCAUGGUGCUGAGGAUUUUGACUUCAGGCACGUCAAAGAAAAUAUACUUGAGUUUGAAAGUCAGUGGGGAGAUGAUGAAAGAAAUGACAAAGCAGUGAUUAUAACCCAUAACAGAACUCUCAAUGCCUUUUACAGUGGUUCAAACCUCACUAAACAUCAAAGAAUCCAUACUAGAAAGAAACUAUAUAAAUGUAAUGUAUGUGGGAAGGUCUUCAGUCUAAAUGAACAUCUUGAAGCUCAUUUGAGAAUACAUAUUGGAGAGAAACCUGACAGGUGUAAUGUUUGUAGCAAAGCCUUUAACUUUGGCUCAAACCUGACUAGACAUCAGAAAAUACAUACUGGUGAAAAACCACAUAAAUGUAAUACAUGUGGCAAGACCUUUAGUCGACAUUCAGGCCUUACAGCUCAUCAGAGAAUUCAUACUGGAGAGAGACCUUACAGAUGUAUUGAAUGUGGUAAUGCUUUUAUCCGAAGAUCAAAACUAGUAGAACAUCGGAAAGCUCAUGCUGGAGAGAAACUUUACACAUGUAAUGUAUGUGGAAUAUCCUUAACUAAAGGCUCAAGCUUAACCAGACAUCAGAGAAUCCAUACUGGUGAGAAACCAUAUAAAUGUAAUGUAUGUGGCAAGGUCUUUAGUCGAAAUUCAGGCCUUAUAACUCAUGAGAGAAUUCAUACUGGAGAAAGGCCCUACAAAUGUAUUGAAUGUGGUAAGGCGUUUAUCCAGAGAACACACCUUGUGCAACAUGAGAGAAUUCAUACUGGAGAGAAACCUUACCAAUGUAAUGAAUGUGGGAAGGCUUUUACCCAAAGAGCAAACCUUACAGAACAUCAGAGAAUUCGUUUGGUGCAGAAAUCUUACAAAUGUAAUGUGUGUGGCAAAGCCUUUAACUCUGCCUCACUCCUCACUACACAUCAGAGAAUUUGUACUGGUAAGCAACCAUAUAAAUGUAAUGUAUGUGGCAUAAACUUUAGUCAGAAUUCAAAUCUUACAAUUCAUUUGAGAAUCCAUAUGGCAGAGAAACCUUACAAAUGUAUUAUAGCAAAAGCUUUUAACUGGGGCUCAGUCCUCACUAAAAAAAAAAAAACUCAGAUCAAAGCAAAAGUUCUGGCAAAUGAAAGAGGAAUCCCAGAUUUCAGUGUGAGUUUCACCUGGAUUUCUAAAUUCAUGAAAAGGAAUGGCCUUUCUGUGAGAGUGAGAACCACUGUAGGCCAGUGGCUUCCAGAUGACUGGGAGCAAAAGAUGGUUGACUUCGGUGGAUUUGUCACCAAAUAA